GGCUCCUGGAAGGUCUGGCGCGCGGGGUCCACCCCCAGCACUGCUAGGAAGGCCACCAGGGUGCUUUCAAAGAGAUCCCCCUUCAGGGUAUGGUCCAGGAGGGCAAUGGAGAGGGCGAGACAGGCCUGGUCUAGCCAGUUCUGUGCCUUUUCCUCCGGGGGGGAUAGUGGUGGGGGUGCUGGUAGCACUAGGGGCCCUAGGGGUUCGGCUGAUCCCCAGGGCGCUGGGGGUGCUAGCAGUGGUGCCCCCGAUGCCCCUGAUUCCUGCGGUAUCUGUGAUGCCUCAAAUGCUGGUCAGCGCGGCCAGCUGGGCGGUGUUAAGCUAGUGGCGCAGCUGGAUGGGCUGGUCUGGCUGGGUGCUGCGGUAGGCGAAGCAGACCAGCCGCUGCCAGACCUGGCAGUAUUAGCAAUAGGUCUUCGGCCGCCAGUUCCAGACCCCAGGCUCGCGAAAGAAGGUAUUGAUCUAGACCUGGUCAAAUUCAUUGAUCUGGCUGCUCCGGAUGGUCUGGUAGGCCUGCUAGAUCAGCCGCUCGACACUGGCACUGAACAGGGCCAGCAGGGGCUCCUGGGCCGGAUCAGGUAG